AUGGAGGAUACUUUUGCUGCCAAGGAGCGCUGGGUUUGCGAAAGGUGGAGACGACGAUCCGACGGCUGUGGCAUCCCUGGGUAUAAGCUGCAAUCCGACGAAACUGCGGUGAGUAUCAUCGCUUCUGCUACGGGGAUAAUUUCUAGCACGUCGGCGCCGACUUCUACCUCGCCUGCUCCAUCAUCCACAAAGACCGGCUCAUCGCACGCUUCCCAUACAAACACGGGCGCCAUUGCGGGCGGCGUCGUCGGAGGCGUCGCCGGAGCGGCAAUCAUUAUAGCCCUCUCAUGGUUCUUGAUCCGACGAAUGCGACGCCAACGGCCGCAAGCCGACGAGGCAAUUCUCGUGUCGGGGCCCUCCAAGAGCGUUGAAAUCUCGCCGGCCGAGCUGGACAGCAACCGAGUGGCCGAACUAGAGAGCCGACAAGAUCGUCCAAUAGCUGAACUUCCUGCGGAUUAUCGAUAG